AGUUUCAGAUAAAUAAAUAUGACAGAAGUUGAUAUAAUUGACGAUGAAUUCAUUUUGACCUACAAUCCACCAAAUGAUGUAUUCAAAGAGUUUGUGCAUCUAGUAUCUACUACUGAAGGAUGGGCAUUUCAGGAAAAUGACUACGACAUAUGGAAAAAUAAUUAUUCCAAGCACUGGAUGGUCAUGAUUCAACAAAAAGGAACCGACCGGUACGUAGCUUCAGUAUCCCUAGCUAGAAGUGAUCUUCAGGAUGGGACACCUCUAUUUACGGUUGCAUUUUUCUAUUGCCUUGUCGAUUUCCGUAAUCGAUCAUUUGGAAAGUAUCUUUUUGACAAAAUACAAUCAAUCUAUGGAGAUCAUAAUUGCUUUCUUUUUGGAGUUGGAACAAUGUGGCAGUGGUAUGAAAAACGCUAUGGGUUCAAAGAGUUGAGCCCAUACUUUCAUUGCUCAGCAGUAAUACAAAUUGAAAAUUUGAAAAUUCCAUCAGGAAUCAAAGAAGUUGAUGGGGUAACUGUGGAAGAUUUGAAGUACGAUAGUGUAUCGGAAUACGAUAAAGGAAUUUGUAAGAUGAGCAGAACUAAAGUUAUUAACACUUGGUUAAUGGCUUGUGGAGUACAUUCAAAAAUGGCUGUAGAUUCAAACGGCAACUGUGUGGGUUUCGGAGCUAUCCGUGAAGUAUCGCUCAAUCGUCUCACCAUCUCACCUCUAUAUUCCGAUUGCCCAGAAAUCGCUGCUAUGAUCCUCAAAUCAAUUUUAAACUCUUUCGAAUUCUCAACGUUUAAAAGUCUCUCUACGAUAUAUCCUUCCACAAAUUUAGCUAUUCCAUUCGUUUUAACCCCAUUCUGUGACGGUGUUUUUGUAACAAAAGAGUUCUGUAGAAGUCAAUUCACUCAAAAAAUCAUCAAAACUGAUGAGAAGAAGGUUUUUGGUAUUCGUCAUUGUGCGCAUGGUUAUGUUUGAUUUGAAAUAAAUAUUUUGUGAAUA